UUCCGCGACAUGUCUUCCUCCAUCUCCCACCACCACCAGGUCCAGGUCCGGCUCCGCCACCACCACCGCUGUGUCCCACUCCCGGCUCCGGCCCGCGCGAGCCCCGGACCCGCCGCGGCAUCGUCCGUCCGCCGCCGCGUGGCGCGGGCCGCGAUGAGCGCCGAGGCGCCGCUGGGGGUGGCGCCUGCGGAGCCGGUGCCGGGGCAGGGCGCGGCGGCGGUCCUGAGCGAGAUGGUGGAGGAGGCCGCCGUGUGGUGCGCCGUGCACGGGCUCGUCGUCGGCGAUCGCGCAGACCCGAGAUCAGGUACAGUCCCCGGUGUUGGUCUGGCUCACGCUCCGUUCUCGCUGCUUCCUACACGAUUCCCGACAUCUUUUUGGAAACAAGCUUGCGAGCUGGCUCCCAUUUUCAAUGAGCUCGUCGAUCGUGUGAGCUUGGAUGGGGAGUUCUUGCAAGACUCUUUGUCUAGAACGAGGCAGGUUGACAAUUUCACCGCUAGGCUGUUAGAAAUCCACGAGAAGAUGAUGGCAGUAAAUAAGCAAGAGGAUAUCCGCUUAGGGUUGCACCGAUCUGACUAUAUGCUGGACUCUGAAACCAAUUCACUUCUUCAGAUAGAGCUCAACACUAUUUCAUCAUCGUUUCCUGGUCUUGGCUCUCUCGUCAGUGAACUUCACAGGACCUUACUUAAUCAGUAUGGAAAAGUAUUAAGCCUAGAUUCUAAAAGGAUACCUCAGAAUUGGGCAGCCAGUCAAUUCGCCGACGCUUUGGCAAGAGCAUGGACUGAGUAUAGUAAUGACAGUGCUGUAGUUAUGAUGGUUGUUCAACCUGAAGAAAGAAAUAUGUACGACCAAUACUGGCUCGUCAAUCAUUUGAAGGAAUCAUAUGGUGUGAGGACUAUUAGGAAAACAUUGGCACAAGUAGAGGCUGAAGGGAAGGUUCUUACGGAUGGAACACUGGUGGUAGAUGGCCGGACAGUUGCUGUUGUGUAUUUCAGAGCUGGGUAUGCUCCAAAUGAUUACCCUUCGGAGGCGGAAUGGAGAGCGAGGCUUUUGAUGGAACAGUCAUCUGCUAUAAAGUGCCCUUCAAUAUCCUACCAUUUAGUAGGAACAAAAAAGAUCCAGCAAGAACUAGCAAAACCUAAUGUUCUUGAAAGAUUCCUUGAAAACAAGGAGGACAUUGCCAAACUGCGCAAAAGCUUCGCAGGGUUAUGGAGCUUGGAUAAUGAAGAGAUUGUGGAAUCAGCAAUAGAGAAACCUGACCUGUUUGUCUUGAAGCCACAGCGAGAAGGCGGAGGGAACAAUAUAUAUGGUAAUGAUUUGCGAGACACACUGAUGAAGCUCCAGAAGGAGAAGGGGGAAUCACUUGCGGUGUACAUAUUGAUGCAGAGGAUUUUUCCAAAAGCUUCUCUUACUCCUCUGGUUAUGGAUGGUGUUUGCUUUGAGGACCUUACAAUCUCUGAGCUAGGGAUAUAUGGAGCCUACCUGCGGAACAAAGAUAAGGUGGUCAUGAACAAUCAGUGCGGUUACUUGAUGCGCACCAAAGUUUCUUCAUCAAAUGAAGGUGGCGUUGCUGCAGGAUUUGCUGUUUUGGACAGUGUUUACCUGACUGAUGAGUGAGACAGCAAAGUUGCAGAGUUACAGGUGACUACAGGCGUGAAGUAAUGACGAAGCCAACAGGCAAAAGGUGGCAAGGUCGGAUUGAGCUGUUAUGUAAUCAACUUGUUGCUGAAGUUAUUAGCUAGCUGUUAGUUGUUUUAGUCCGAGCCUUAAGCGUUGUUUCAGUCAUUUUCAGUUCAGAGUUGGCCAGUGCCUGAAACUGCGGGCUGUGCAGUUCGUGCGCGUCUGUUGCGUCGAUAGUGCUCACGAUCAGAGCUCGUCGGAUGGCGCUAGUAUUUCGCCGAUUAGUGGGUACACACGUUCCAUUUUGCUAAUAAAUAGAGAAGAAAAACCCCCGAAAAGCUGUAUCAGUUCGCA